UUACUACAGGUAGUCUUAGAAAAGAACCAUGGCUGUGACUAGACCCCUGUUCGCUUGCGUCGUUUUAACUCUGGCAUUGGGUAUACAAGCCAAAAAUUGUUCUGAGAACUUUACCUCUGUGGGAAACAAGUGCUAUUAUGUGUCCUUAAAAAAGGAAAACUGGUACGUGGCUGAUCGUACCUGUCGAAAGCUCGGAGGAUAUCUUGCGGUAUUCGACAAUGAGAAGGAUAAAACUCUGACAACAGAAUACUUAAAGAGCUUGGGGCUUCCUUUCGCCGAUGGUUGGCGCCAUUCCGUUUGGAUUGGCAUCAAUUGCUUGGGAAAUCGUCGCAAUUUCCACUUGUCCAAGACCGGUGACCCACCUGCCUACCUGCCUUGGGUGCGCCAUCAGCCAGACAAUUAUUCUCCAGAAGAGGACUGUGUGGCCUUCGCCGACUUUAACCAGUCUUUCGGCUACCAUGAUAUUGAGUGCGAUAAACAAUUUCCCUUUGUGUGUGAAGCACCCGGUACUGAUGAUUAUCUCUGCCUCGUAAAAGACUCCUUGGUAGAAGCGGCAUUGUAUUUAUUGAGAAAUAGAUCGACCAUUUAAAAGAAUGGUAAUAUUAGUAUUAUAAUUGUAAUCGCUUCUUUAAUUCUUCCAUUUAAUUAAGUCAAUAAAUCGUAAUAUUUAUUUA